AUGUCGAAAGCGCUAAUGUCUAUGGUUGGGAAGAAGGUCCUUGGUGAAACUGCGAGAAACCACUUUGGAACUGAGGACCCCUACUUCGAAGAAGUACCAGCUUCACGUCUCGCCCGUACAUUCGGAAAGAAGACCCAAAAGCGUCGCAAAGCCAUCCCGCCAGGCCUUUCAGAGAAUGACGUCAAAGUCCUGACCAAGGUCAAGCGUAGAGCUUACCAGCUGGACUAUGCUCUCUUCAACCUGUGUGGAAUUCGCUUCGGCUGGGGAAGUGUGAUCGGACUUGUCCCAUUUAUCGGUGACGCUGGAGAUGCCGCGCUCGCAAUGAUGGUUGUGAAGUCCUGCGAAGGAGUCGACGGUGGACUUCCUGCUGCUCUUCGCAUGAAGAUGAUGAUCAAUGUGAUAAUCGAUUUCGUUAUCGGCCUCGUUCCUUUCAUUGGUGAUCUUGCGGAUGCAGUGUACAAAGCCAACACCAGAAACGCCGUGAUUCUCGAAACCCACCUACGCGAAAAGGGUGCCAAGACGCUCUCGAAGCAAACCAGACGACAAGAGCAAGCAGGCGCGGUUGAUCUUAGCCUCCCCGAUGCAUUUGACAGACAAGAAAGUGGUGUGGUGGGCGAAAGUCCCCCGGACUAUGAGUAUGCCCACCCGUCGAGUCAUGACACCCAGGGUCCAACCAGGCCUCCGCCUGCUAAGCAGUCCCGGAACCGUUCCUUUGGCAGGUGGUUUGGCGGAGCAAGCCAUCCAGACGAGGAUUUGGAGCGAGGCCGUGCCUAA